ACACGACCAUCUAUCCAGUUAGUGGCUAGUGCGUAAAGAAGAUGGCGACUAAGCUCGCAGCCCUCGUCGUCUUGGUCGCGUUCCUCGCCGGGCCCGCAGCGUGCGAGGGCGCCUUCAUUUGCUUCAACGGCUGGCUGAGGCUUCCCAUCAUCUGUCCUCGCGGCUCCGGCACUCCGCGGGAGCCGGUCCCUUCUACCUCGGGGUCAGGGCUCAGCUAUGGCUAUUACACCACCAGCUGCCCUAGCGCGGAGACGAUCGUCACGGAGGCCGUGAGGAAGGCCGUGGUCGUGGAUAAGAACCCCGGCAUUGGCGCGGGGCUCAUCCGUCUCUUCUUCCACGACUGCUUCGUUCGGGGGUGCGAUGCGUCCGUCCUCCUCAACACGACCAACUCCAAGAACAGUGACACGGAGAGGGAAGGCCCUCCCAACAAAAACAGCCUGCGAGGGUUCGAGGUGAUCUACGAGGCCAAGACAGCGAUCGAGGCCGCCUGCAAGAAUACAGUCUCAUGCGCGGACAUCGUCGCCUUCGCCGCCCGCGACGCGUCCUACUUCCUCAGCGACGGCAGCAUCAAUAUCCCGAUGCCAGGCGGCCGCUACGACGGGCGCGAGUCCUUCGCCAGCGAGACCGACCAGCUGCCCGGGCCCUUCUCCAACGUCCCGCAGCUCCAGGCAAGCUUCGCGGCCAAGGGGCUCAACCCCGUCGAGAUGGUCACGCUCUCCGGCGCGCACACCAUCGGCCGCGCCCGUUGCAUGUUCUUCUCCAGCCGCUUCUCUGAGAUGAACCAGACAUAUGCCGCCAGCCUCAUGGCCGAGUGCGGCGACAACGGUAACACCAACGUGAACCAAGACUAUGUGACCUCCAACGUCCUGGACAAGCAGUACUACCAGAACGUGAUCGACAACAAAGUGUUGUUCACCUCGGACGCCGUGCUCAACUCGACGGAAGAAACGAGAACGGAGGUGAUGCAAAACGCUAACACGGCCGGGGCGUGGGAGAGGAAGUUCGAGAAAGCCAUGGAGAAAAUGGGAAAAAUCAAAAGCGACCAGCAAAGCGUGGAGAUCAGGAAGGUAUGUUGGAAAGUCAACAACAACUACAAAUAAGGUUGGCCAGUAGUAAUGCGUGGUGGCUGGCUGGCUCCAUGGCGGGAUCGCCUGAUGCACGAGAUGUAACUUCGUCUAGCUACUGUCAUUGUUGGUUUUUUUGUACUAAAACUCUCUCCCUGUGUGUGUGUGUGAGAGAGAGAGAGAGAGUGAGUGAGUGAGUGUGUGUGUGUGUGUGUGUGUGUGUGUGUGUGUGUGUGUGAAUAAAGAUAUAAGUAUCAAGUAAAUGUGUAUGUUUAGUA